UCCACCUGGCGUCCGUGACGGUUGUCUGCUGUUGAGUUACCCACAGGCUCUAUAAAAUGGGAGGACACGCAAAAACAGAUGCAGUCAACGGCAGCAAGGAUGCCCCCACAGAGGCGGAGUUCAAAAAGCGUGACGCCCAUUGGCCAGUGGUGCUCUUCUAUAUCCACGUGUAUAUACUGGGCACCUAUGGCAUUUAUGUAACAUUCACGAGCGCCUCGUGGCCAACGAUAUUAUUCACGGCGCUGCUCACCCUGCUUGGCAUACUGGGCGUGACGGUGGGCGUGCAUCGUUUGUGGGCACAUCGCACAUUUACCGCAACCGCGCCGCUCCGUGUAUUCCUCAUGCUCUGCCAGACGCUGGCCGGUCAGGGCACCAUUUACAGCCGCGUGCAGGCACAUCGACUGCAUCAUGCCAAAUUCCAGGAGGACGAGGAUCCGUAUUACAGCAAACAGAGCUUCAUGUAUGCCCAGCUCCAUGGCAAUUUGCUGAAGUACUCGCGGCAGCAGGAACAGCUGCUGCUGACUGUGGAUAUGACCGAUAUGGAAAGCGAUGGCAUUGUCAUGUUCCAGAAGCGCUACUAUGUGCUGCUCUAUAUUGGGCUCAACGUGCUGCUGCCCGUGAACACGCCUUUCCAGUACUUUGGCGAAACGCUGGGCGUGUCUACGUUUGUGGGCUUCUGGUUGAGGAAUCUUAUUGUGCUGAAUGUGGGCAAUCUGGUGAACUCGGCGCACUUCAUUUGGAGCAUACACAAGGGUUUCAAGCCCACCGAUUCCAAUAGCAUAUUCUUCAUCACGAAAUCCUUCUGGCCGCAGUUCCAUUACCUGCUGCCCCAUGACUAUCAGAGCGGUGAAUUCGGAGACUAUGCCAGUGGCACGGGCUCCACCAUGAUACGUGUCUUUGCGGCGCUCGAUCUGGCCAAGAAUCUGCGCACCAUCUCCUCGGUGGCGGUGCGCAACGGCCUCACGUUGGCCGUGGAUACAAAGCGCCCCAUUGUCGAGUGCAUCGAGGAGCAGGUGAAGCUGGAGCAAAAUGCUUUGCCAGCCAACCAUUAUCUCAAUCGGGAAAAGUUCAUGUGAGGCGCUGGAAGUUG